CUGUUUGAGGCGCGGUUUGAUGGCGUAAAACAGGCGAGUAGCUGUCUCAGUCGCUGCCUCUGGGCGAAGGCUAGCCGAGUGAGUGGGCUGGCUGCGCAGCUUGCGAUGGCCUUGGAGAGCGAAGGCUCCAGCCCUCCCUACGCUUAUACAUGAGUUUCCUAAUCGAUUCCAGCAUUGUGAUUACCUCACAGAAACUUCCUUUGUCAAUGGAAACGGGGCCAAUGAUAAAACAUUAAAGAUACUUUUUUUUGGAUUUGGGUGGCUUUUCUUCAUGCGCCAAUUGUUUAAGGACUAUGAGGUGCGUCAGUAUGCUGUACAGGUGAUCUUCUCUGUGACUUUUGCAUUUUCUUGCACCAUGUUUGAGCUUAUCAUCUUUGAGAUCUUAGGAGUACUGAAUAGCAGCUCCCGUUAUUUUCACUGGAAAAUGAACCUGUGUGUAAUUCUGCUGAUCCUAAUUUUCAUGGUACCUUUUUACAUUGGCUAUUUUGUUGUGAGCAACAUCCGACUAUUGCAUAAACAGCGACUGCCUUUUUCCUGUCUCUUAUGGUUAACAUUUAUGUAUUUCUUCUGGAAACUGGGAGAUCCAUUUCCCAUUCUCAGCCCAAAGCAUGGGAUCUUGUCCAUAGAACAGCUCAUCAGCCGCGUGGGUGUGAUUGGGGUGACUCUCAUGGCUCUGCUUUCUGGAUUCGGUGCUGUCAACUGCCCGUACACAUACAUGUCCUACUUCCUCAGGAAUGUGACUGACACAGAUAUCCUAGCACUGGAACGGCGACUGCUUCAAACCAUGGAUAUGAUCAUAAGCAAAAAGAAAAGGAUGGCAAUGGCACGGAGAACUAUGUUCCAGAGGGGAGAGGUGCCUAACAAGCCUUCAGGAUUCUGGGGAAUAUUAAAGAGUGUUACUGCUUCGGCUCCAGGAAGUGAAAUGCCAGAUCUUACUCUUAUUCAACAGGAAGUGGAUGCUUUGGAAGAACUAAGCAGGCAGCUUUUUCUUGAAACAACUGAUCUAUAUGCAACCAAGGAAAGAAUAGAAUAUUCCAAAACUUUCAAAGGAAAAUAUUUUAAUUUUCUGGGUUACUUUUUCUCUAUUUACUGUGUUUGGAAAAUUUUCAUGGCAACCAUCAAUAUUGUUUUUGAUCGAGUUGGGAAAACUGAUCCUGUCACAAGAGGCAUUGAGAUCACUGUGAAUUACCUAGGAAUUCAGUUUGACGUGAAGUUCUGGUCCCAACACAUUUCCUUCAUUCUCGUCGGAAUAAUCAUUGUCACCUCCAUCAGAGGAUUGCUGAUCACCCUUACCAAGUUCUUUUAUGCCAUCUCGAGCAGUAAGUCCUCCAAUGUCAUUGUCCUGCUAUUAGCGCAGAUAAUGGGCAUGUACUUCGUCUCGUCCGUACUGCUGAUCCGAAUGAGCAUGCCGCUGGAAUAUCGCACCAUCAUCACGGAAGUCCUCGGAGAACUGCAGUUUAACUUCUAUCACCGUUGGUUUGAUGUCAUCUUCCUGGUCAGCGCCCUUUCCAGCAUAUUAUUCCUCUAUUUGGCUCACAAACAGGCACCAGAGAAGCACAUGACACCUUGAACUCGAGAUUACAAACUUGGAAGCCAGUGUCGUCAGGAUUUGAGUCUGAGGAGGGGACCAGGGCCCGACAUUUUUAAACAAAAUGCUGUAGCAGCGCGCUAUGCGUGCACCUUUCUCAGCUGAUACUGCGACAAGUAGCGUCGGCUAGAACAUGAGAGAGAAGGGAGUACUCAGCAGCCAGCAAAGCGGCCGGGGCAGGGCAGAGGGGAAGGAGACCACACUGAACUGGGGCGGGAGAUGUCCACGUGCAGCAGGCACGGUUACGGCUCUCCCUUAAGCCUGCCUGUCAUUAAAGUCAGAUGGUAACGCUUCGGCCUUGGGUUCACUUUGUUAAGCAUAGCUUCUGCUGGUGUGAUCUAAACCUUGGGUUAGCAGCUUGCCUCCCCCAACCCCUUCCCUAUUGAUGAAAUAACCGAGACCUGGGCCGGGGAUUUAGCUGAAGGUUUCUGCUGCCUGCCUCGCAAGCUUAAGGUCCUGAGUUUGUUCCCCAGUAACCCCCCACCAAAAAAAGUAUCCUGGGAAAAAAGUAGUGGACAAAUGAAAUAGAUUUCCUUUUAAAUUAGUAUUAAGAAUGCCUCACAAGUACAAGGUCCUGAGUUCAAUUUCCAUUAGGGGGGUGCUGAAUACGUUUCAUUUGGUGAUGUCGUCGCCCAUGUUUUCUUCCAUCUCCUCAUGCUGUGGGAUACAGUAGUAACUGGAAAAAGUCACUUUUCUAUCCUGGGACUCAAGCUCUUCCUUUUUAAAAUACUCAAGUGCAACCUAAGAAAAUUCUGAAUGUUAUUACCCUCAAGUCUCCUUUUAUGACUAAAAUCUUAUUCUGUAUUUUAGCGUUUGGGGUUUCUAGAAGCAAAGGAAGAUUACCCAAAACAAAAGCACUUAAUAUUAAGGUUAUACCAGCUAAUAAGGAAGGGAGGAAAAGGUGAGCAUACUUGACAUUUUUAAUGGUACUUGGUCUAGCAACCACAUUUUUAUAAAAGCAUAAUUUGAAUUAUCUGCACUGAUAUUGUGGAGAUU